CGGGGCUUUUUGAUGAAUGGAGUAGUGACGCGCUCCCCGAGCCCCGCCCCCGGCCUGGCGGCUCCGCCCCCCGGCUGCACGUGCGGCGCGGGGAGACGCGGGGCCGCCGCGGCCGCGGCCGGUUCGGUAACGGCAGCCGGGGGAGCGGGGCUGCCCCCGGGAUCGCGGACGGGUGAGAAAAGAACCAGGUAUUUUGAAGUAGAGGAUGAAAGCACCAACAGCGCAGCCUUCUGUGGAACCUGGAGGAAAAAUGGACUCAGCCCGCCUGUGGAACUAUUGCUCUUCUUGAUAUACGAAGGGCCUGAGAGCAUGCAGUCCCAAACCAGCCCCUUUCCAACGUGCCUGUUGAAACUUCUCCCCAGUGCCGCCUCUGCCCCUGGGGAACCCAUCACACCUCAGAGACUCUUUCCAGCUUUGUCUUUUAAGGUUUUAUUAAUGGCAGCUGCAUCUUCACCAGCUUGCUAGAGAACCAAGAAGUUGAAGCUGAUGGUUCACUUGCUAUGGCAGCUGGAGCUGUGACCCUAGCAGCCUCAAGCUGAGUGAAGACUCAGGUUAAUCCACCAUGCCUCGCUUGCUGCUUCAGUCGUACAGGUCACAGAUGAUGGGGUUUCUUGAGGAGUUCGACCGUUACUCUUCCUUGGCCAAACUCAUGUCAAUCUACCAAGCAACCAACAGGACCACCUUCAACUGGACAGACAGCCGCAUUGUUGAGUGGGAGAAAUUUGCUGAGCUGGCUAAAUACGAGCCGGAAUCCCAAAAACCAACAGUGAAAGCUCUCCUAAUCGUGGCCUACUCCGUCAUUAUGAUCAUGUCUCUCUUUGGGAACAUGCUGGUAUGCCACGUGGUGCUGAAGAACAAGAGGAUGCACUCGGCCACCAGCCUUUUCAUCGUCAACCUGGCGGUGUCUGACAUUAUGAUCACGCUGCUCAACACGCCUUUCACCCUGGUUCGGUUUGUGAACAGCACGUGGAUCUUUGGAAAGGCCAUGUGCCACGUGAGCCGCUUCGUGCAGUACUGCUCCCUCCACGUCUCCACGCUGACCCUGACGGCCAUCGCCCUGGACAGGCACCAGGUCAUCCUGAACCCGCUGAAGCAGAGGAUGUCACUAACAAAAGGAGUGCUGAGCAUCUCUGUUAUCUGGCUGAUGGCAACCUGUUUCUCCCUCCCCCAUGCCAUCUAUCAAAAGCUUUUCCAGUAUAACUACAGGGAAGCCACUGUCCGGAGUUUGUGCCUCCCGGACUUUCCUGAGCCCGCAGAGCUGGUCUGGAAGUAUCUGGACCUGUCUACCUUUCUCCUUCUUUACCUCCUGCCUCUGCUAAUCAUCACUGUCACCUACACGCGCCUGGCCAAGAAGCUGUGGCUCCGCAACGCCAUCGGAGACGUCACCACGCAGCAGUAUAUCACCCACCACAAGAACAAGAAGAAGAGCAUCAAGAUGCUGAUGCUGGUGGUGGUGGUCUUUGCUGUCUGCUGGUUCCCUCUCAACUGCUACGUGGUUCUCAUCUCCAGCCUCGGCAUCAAGACGAAGAACUCCCUCUAUUUCGCCCUGCACUGGUUCGCCAUGAGCAGCACCUGCUACAACCCUUUCAUCUACUGCUGGCUGAACGAGAGCUUCCGCUCGGAGCUCAAGUCCCUGCUCUGCAUGUGCCAGAAGGUGCCUCAAGCUCAGGACAACGUGCUGCCGCCCGUGGUCACGUCCUGCCGCGAGGCGUGGGUGGAGCAGGCCGGGUGCAGGAAGGGACCUGCCUCGCAGACCAUUUGCUCCACCGUAAACAUCCAGACGGCCGACACGGACCUGUGAGCCGAAGGGCUGAGGUGAGUUCGGUGGACAUCAAAGGGCAUCUCCCCGUUUCUCCUCAGGAACCCGUGUUGCUGCUCUGGGGUCUUACUGCUCACUUUUGACUUGCAUCCCAGUAGCACCCCCUCUGCUCGGCGCAGUGGGAGCAGAGCCUCUCAAGCCCCGUCCCUGCGCGCCCACAGCUGCAGCUGGUCCAAGGUGCAGGUAUUCGCGCAGGGGACACGGAGGUCCGCAGAUGGGGUGAUUUGCUGUCGGGGUUUCCCAUCUGAUUACUAGCAGAGGGAGUGGGACCCAGGUUUCUGUCAUUGCUCGUGCUGUCCCAAGUCACCAGCCUGUCUCAGAGCUCCUAACACGUGCCACGACGUGGGGGCUUUGCAGAGCAACAGGAACGGACCUGUUCUGACGUGGGUUUGAAAAAAGGACUUGGACAUCCAGGUUGACUCCGUCCACAUGGAAUUUCACCAGGUAAUUUAUGCCAAAGGCUCCCAGCAGAGCUGAGGGUCAGUCCAUAGCAGUUUCCCCUUCAGAUGGUGUGCCCCCCCACACACACACACCCCUCCCUCUGCCGCUUCUGGAGCCGCAGAGCCAGCAGCCGAACCAGCCCCGGCGAGAGCGGAGCAGGAAUGCACGCCGGGCAUCGCGGCAGCAGCCUCGGGCGGCACUCGGGCAGACAAAUUUAGUCCAUUGAGAAUUUCUUUUUGGUUUUAUUAUAAAUAUAUUAAUUCAGGAAAUAAACCUACACUGGCACUAAACAAAAGGCCACAAAAUAUUUCAUCAGGGCUGCAGCAUUCACUGACUGAGGAACAAACCCUUCUGCAUAGUUGCUAAUUGCUGUAAAAGAGCUUCAUUUAAACAAUGGAAUUGACUCAGACUAAGAGGGAAGGUUUUGUUUACAGUCCUGGGAAAAAUACAGUUUAAUUUAGCUACACUUGGGAGGCAGGUGAAAAAAAGGAUACGGAACAAAGGAAAGACUUAGUACACAAGAGAGAGAGAAAAAAAGAAAAAGACAAGGAAAAGAGACAUUAAAGGCAGAAAGAAACCAGAAUUGCUAUGUGAUUUUGCAAGCAGUGUGGAGCAGUGGCUGGGCACUGGCGAGCAAGAACUGAAGGACCUCCUGGCCUGGCCAGCAAUGUCUCUUUCUCCAUCACAGCACCCCUCUUAAAAAUUGCACCAAGACCGGAGAGGCCAGACGGCUCCUCUCAGCUCCCUUGGUUGAGCUUGAGCACGGGACUGCUCUUACUUGGAGAAGCCAGACAAAAGAUGGGUAAGUAUUUAUUACUCACUUAUCCACCCAGACUUCGGGCUGAGUAGUCGUAAGCCGUUUGCAAGAAUAAAGCUGUGUGUGUUUUGAGCCCCGACCGUUCCCGGGUAAUGCUCCAGAACUUGGCGCCGGUGACCGGCACGUGCUGCAGUGGUGACAGAGGGGCUCUGGGAUGGACCGCCGGGGUGGUUACUCCUGGUCCUCAGGCCUGAAGUCCAUAGGGAAACACUGUACUCGUAGCAAAAAGGCCAAACUGCUUUGGAUAAAAAUAGCUCCACCGAACACCAGUGCACUUGGAACCGAUGAUGGCAGAAGCUGAGCUCUGCUGGGGAGCGCAGAGGGGCAGCAGACGGGCUGCAGCUCCCCGACGGGCACGGCAGGACCCACCACCCCUGAACGUCAGCGGGCUCGUGCUGGCCGUGGUCGGGGCAAGGUCAAGUCCGUGGAGGAAGGCAGCUGAGAGCAUCAAGAGACAGCCUUUCCCUGGAAAACAGCCCACUUAAUCCCCUCCUGGGACGGAUAGCCGCACACCGAGGGAAAAGUCCCAAGCUACUCGAAGAGCGGCAGCACCUCUGAGCAGCUGCAGGUAGUCGGAGUUCGUGGGCACAAUCCAGCGGGAGCUGGUGGAGCGGUGAGAGCCUUGGGGUCCCUGCACCCCGGCCACCUCACCUAUUCCAAUAACCCAGGUGAUGGUUUUCAGGAGUUUAAAGGCAGCCAGGGCUGCUCAGGGUCAGGGAUGCUCCUGGUCUACCCUGGCGAUAGCCUGGGCUGAGCUUCCUCCCGGGGAGGAGGUGGGGGGGGCCGGGUCACUGGUGGGGGCAAGGACGAGUUCCCACCACCUUCCUGGGGAGGAUGAGAGAGACUGAAGAAGGGAAGCUAAAGAUUGACGUUCCCCCGCCCCGAUUUGCACAGUGAGAAGGAACAGGAGAGAAUGGAGGGGAUGUCCUUGCGUGCCAGCCACUUGACCCCACUUGGCUACAAGCCCGCACCUCCGGUGUACAUGGCAACAUCUGCACGAGAAGAGAGCAGAGCAGCAGGAGAAAUGGAUGAAUACACGAUCCCUGAGGCGCUUCACUUGGAAACGAACAAUUAAUUGAUCACGGAAAUUAAGGCAGCCUGCUGCCGGGCGCAGGCACUGCCCUCUCUCUGUGUAGAGCAGGGUGCGUUUUCAAUUGAAACAAUAUCACAUGAGUUUUUAAAAAUGUUAAAAGCAUCUCUAAUUAACGAGCAUCACCUCAUCCAAUUAUUCAGAGAAGCUGCCAUUUGCCUUUUUUACUGUUCCUCACCCCUCAUCAACUGUUAGUGAAUGCCCCUUCUA